AUGCCUAUUAUUUUCGCGGCGAAAUCUGAUCACACCUUUGAUGCCUUCAGUCAGAUGUGUGGUAAGAUUGUGAAAGAACUGACGGUUAACGACCUACUGACAGCAAAGCAACGAUGGCUGUAUGACCAUCAUAAGAACAAAGUCGAGAGUAAAAUGGUGAGAACAACAAUAAGACCGUAUAUAAAGCGUAUGUUAUCGUUUGAAGAUCAGACUGAAGCGUUGCAAAUGAAGGAGAUGCUGGAUCUAAUGAGAGACGAAUGGAUUGUUAAGUUGGAUGAGAACGAGAAAAAAUUCAGAGAUUUUCUGUCUCUGGAACGACGAUACAUAGCGAGACAUUGCAAAUCAGUGGAGUCUGGCGUAGAGAAUGAGGAGGAUGUAAAUCUCAUCGUCAAGUUCAUCUACAACAAGAAGCUGCUUGAUUACUGGAAUCGUCGCCGACUGAUGGAAUUCCUCCUAAACGAGUUCCACCAGGUAAAGUUCAUCUUGCUCUGGGACAUACAUACCAAGAAAUACGCUGCAAAUGGCAGUAAAUAUAUUGAACUUUUCAAGAAAGCAGCGCAAUUAGAUCAUCAAAUAAAAGAGUUGGAAGCCGGCGAACCCGACACUUCGAGAUCAAACGUUGAAAGGAAGGCACAAAACGAUCGAUACAUUUAUAAAAUUCAAACCAACCGGUUGCUCUAUUUGAACCACCAACUGAACAUUAUAACUACAACACCGAGACCAAAGAGAGUGAGAUUAGUGAAAAUGGAUUUUUUUGCCAGCACUAACAGCUCACGACAUUUUGUAGAUAUUCAGAAAAAUUUGAGUGUUCCAGAUGAUUUGCUUCUAUUAAAUUCCUUUCUCUAUUUUAAGAAGAUACUCGUAAACAUCGGAUACUCGAUGUUUAGGAGUAACCGCUCCAUUGUGAACAAAGCAAAUCCGGACGCUCAUAUGGUAAUAUAUGAAACUUUUCUGACAAUUUUUAAAUCGGAAGGACUAAAAAGUGAUACAGUAUUAAGAGAAAUGGCGAUUUUAAGAACGAACGAAACGCUGUACACUGAAGUCAUGCAACGCGUAGACAACAUGACUGACAAAGCAACCAUCAGAGAGAUGCAAGAGUUUUUGAUUGGUCUAGAGAGCGAUCCGAGCACACCAGUUCCGAAACUAGUGCAAAAACAAAGAGACAUUAUCCGGGAGGAAUUUGAAUUAUGUGAGGAGUACGCAAAACAGCUGUCCAUACAUCGAGAGUUGCUCUGGACCAAUUCACUGAUUGACUUCAGUCUGAAAUUUUCUGAUAUUUGA